AUGCUGAGUGUGUUUCACAGGGAUCCAGGUCCAAAGGAGCCGCUGGACGCCAUCUUGAGGCGUCUGCAGGAGGACGUGGUGACUUUUGUCAAAGAGCAGCUGCAGAGGAUCCAAAGGCUCCUGGCCUCAGAUUACCCAGAAUGCUCUGAGAGUGAGGAGGAGAGCAGAGAGGUUCUGAAGAUCGCCCUGGACUUCCUGAAGAGGAUGAAGCAGGAUGAGCUGGUCCAGCGCCUGCAGAGCAUCCUCAGCUCCUCCAGUCUCACACACCUGGAUCUGAGUAACAACGACCUCCAGGACUCAGGAGUGGAGCUGCUGUGUUCUGGACUGAAGAGCGCCCCCUGUGGACUGCACACUCUCAGGCUGUCUGGAUGUCUGAUCUCAGAGAGGGGCGGGGCUGCUCUGGCCUCAGCUCUAAGCCCCGCCCCCUCCCAUCUGAGAGAGUUGGACCUGAGCUGCAACCAUCCAGGAGGUUCAUCAGAGCUGCUGAAGGCUCUACAGGACGACCCACACUGCCCCCUGCAGGAACUCAGGUUGGAUCCUGCUGGAGAACAGUGGAUGGUUCCAGGUCUGAGGAAGUAUUCCUGUCGAGUGUCUGUGUUCCUGGACUCUGAGGCUGGAUCUCUGUCCUUCUAUGAGGUCCUCUCUGAUGGAGAACUGUCCCACCUCCACACCUUCACCUCCUCCUUCUCUGAGCCUGUGUUUCCUGGGUUUGGACUGGAGUAUGAAGGUUCCUCUGUGUCUGUGGUGGAUCUGAGGAGAGCGCCCCCUGCUGGACUGGGGUCUGAAGGUUCCUCUGUGUCUGUGGUGGAUCUGAGGAGAGCGCCCCCUGCUGGACUGAGGUCUUAA